AUGGAUGCAAGUAUAAUGGACGGAGAAAAAUUAGAAAUUGGCUCUGUUGGGGCUGUCUCAGAUAUCGAGCAUCCGAUAAGCUUGGCUAAAUUUAUUUUGAAAAAUUAUCCAAAUACAGUUAUAGUCGGUGAAGGUACCAAAAAUUUAUCAAGAUGUAUGCACGUGCCCUGGGUUUCAAAAGGCAACAUGGUUUCACCAAAAGCCACCCUGGCCCUGAAUUUGACUUCUGAUAGUAACCCCCAUUUGAAAUAUAAUGUUGAAGAUCUUGAAUCGGCUGAUUUAUUGAAAAGUUAUCACUCCACUCAAACCUUUUGCAAUUCAAUCCUUGUACAAAUCCGAAUAAAAAAAAUCAUAACUCUCAGGAAGCUGGGGAACCACAGGCUGCGUAGCGUGGGAUGGUCAUUCGAUAGCGGCAGGUACCACAACGGGUGGUUUGAGUGGAAAAACGGUUGGAAGAAUCGGAGAUUCCUCUUUUUUAGGCUGUGGAACAUUUGCCAAUAAUUUAGCUGGGUGCUGCUUGACCGGUCACGGGGAAACAAUAAUGAAAUGUGGACUAGCUCGUAAGGUAGUUACAGAUAUCGUAGAAGGAUGUUGCCCUGAAGAUGCCUUAAAGCAAAACAUAGACUCGAUGCAACGUCAAACUGAUCAAGAA